UGGCCAGGGCCAAGAGCUCCCUGGGAAGAAGAGUAAACAAAGCGCUUGGUGGUCGGCUGUGACCCAGAAUUCUCCUUAUGCAGAAGCAGUCAGGCAGGAGGAUGAAUGCCUAGGAAAGGGGAAUCUUGAAUCAUUCCCUUCUCCCAACUUCACUGAGUAACUGCAGCUGCCAGGAUGGGCUUCCCCCAAGAGGUCAGCCCCAUAUUUGCUGAGGGACCUGUGGAGUAAGAUGAAAUUUUCCAAAUGACUAAGAGAGUAUGACAAAAGCCCUAGUCCCUGAAAAUCCUGCCUGGUGCCACUGCCUACCGUCCUGAGGCCUUGCCUGGUUCGUCUUGAAUGAGCUUCACCGGCAAAUAUGAAGUUGAGAGUGAAAAGAACUAUGAAGAGUUCCUGAAAUGUCUGGGACUCUCCGGUGAUACCAUUGAAAAAUAUAGGCACUUCAAGACUAUCACUGAGGUGGUUCAAGAUGGGAACAACUUUACCUGGAUUAAUACCUACCCAGGUGGUCAUACCGUGACAAACAAAUUCACUAUUGGCAAGGAGUCUGAAAUGGAAACCAUGGGAGGAAAGAAGUUCAAGGCCACAGUGCAGAUGGAGGGGAGCAAGAUUGUGGCUAACUUCCCCAACUAUCAACAAACCUCAGAGAUCGUAGGGGGAAAACUGGUGGAGAUUUCCACUAGCGGUGGUGUGACCUAUGAAAGAGUCAGCAAGAAAUUGUCUUAAGCAGCCAAAAUCCUGGAAUCCUCCUUGCAAGGAGAAGGAGGAAAGUUUAAAUAAAACCACUUUUAAACA